CGGUACAUAUAAUUCUCUUGUCACGGUUUUAAUUAUUUCAGGAGCUCGUGCAAUCGCACCAAGCGGUGAGUCCGCGCCCUCCAGUGACUUGCGCCCCGUGUUUCUCGCUUGGGUUUGGAGGCUCUUUGGGUGAGAUUUCUGGCGGGAAGUGAGAGCCGAGCUGAAAACAGAAGAAAAUGGCACACUCCAACGAGACAACCGACAGGAUCCUUCUGGAGCCCUACAAGUAUUUGCUUCAGCUUCCCGGUAAACAAGUUAGGACGAAGCUAUCUCAGGCCUUCAACCACUGGCUCAACGUCCCAGAAGACAAGAUACGAGUCAUAAUUGAAGUAACAGAGAUGCUGCACAAUGCCAGCCUGCUUAUCGAUGAUAUCGAGGACAACUCCAAGCUUAGACGAGGGUUUCCGGUGGCUCACAGUAUCUACGGCAUCCCUUCGGUAAUUAACUCUGCAAAUUACGUCUAUAUUCUUGGCUUGGAGAAGGUUCUUACCCUGAACCAUCCAGAUGCGGUCACCGUGUUCACCCAGCAGCUGCUGGAGCUUCAUCGAGGUCAAGGGUUAGACAUCUACUGGCGAGAUACCUACACCUGUCCCACAGAAUCUGAAUAUAAGGCUAUGGUGCUGCAGAAGACAGGGGGGCUUUUUGGCUUAGCCGUGGGUCUCAUGCAGUUGUUCUCCACGUACGACAAGAACUUAAAGCCGCUACUCAACACCCUCGGGUUAUUCUUCCAGAUCAGAGACGAUUACGCCAAUUUGAACUCUAAAGAGUACAGCGAAAAUAAAAGCUUUUGCGAAGACCUCACCGAAGGCAAGUUUUCGUUCCCAACGAUACACGCGAUCUGGACGAAACCCGAAAGUACCCAGGUCCAAAAUAUCUUGCGACAGCGGACGGAGAACGUAGACAUUAAGAAAUACUGCGUUCAUUAUCUUGAGAAAGUGGGCUCCUUUGCAUACACAAGGCAAACUUUGAAAGAACUGGAAAAUGAGGCGUAUGAACAGAUUGAAUCUCUAGGAGGAAACCCUGAGCUAGUUUCAUUGAUUAAGCAUCUGAGCACAGUUUAUGAGAAUUAACAGUAUUAUCCUGCUUGCCAAAUAAUAUUUUAAGAAAUGGUUAAUGGCUUUCUAAUUAGACAUCAUGUUAGCUGAUUAUAUUAACCAAUAUUUGCUUUGCCAUAUGCAAUUUUCUGGUGGCAGCAACAGUUAUUAUUAUUAAAGAACUUGAUAUUAACAAUUUGUCGUUUUAAUAUGAAAUGCCUUGAAGCUUCUCUCAGGAACAAUUUAAAAGUUCUAAAUUAGAAAGCAUCACCAUUUACUAUAAUAAGUGAACAUCUUUGCAAAACAAGUUACUAUCUUUGGAAAA